UCAGGCUGGGCCCCUCUCCGCCGCCGCGGCAGACACUCUGGUCCCGAUGGCAGCCACCAGAAAUGUGAUGAGAGCUGUCAGGGUCUUUGAGUUUGGAGGCCCUGAGGUACUGAAACUCCAGUCAGAUGUCCUGAUCCCCAGUCCAGAGGAACACCAGGUGCUAAUUAAAGUCCAUGCCUGUGGGGUGAAUCCUGUCGAGACCUACAUUCGUUCUGGAACCUACGCUCGCAAGCCGGCUUUGCCCUACACCCCUGGCACAGAUGUGGCUGGUGUCAUAGAGAGUGUUGGGGAGCAUGUCACAGCCUUCAAGAAAGGUGACAAGGUUUUUACCACGGAUACGAUCUCUGGAGGAUAUGCAGAGUAUGCAGUUGCUGCAGCUGACAGAGUCUUCCCUUUGCCAGACAAACUGGACUGGAAGCAGGGAGCAGCCAUUGCAAUUCCCUACUUCACUGCCUAUCGGGCUCUUUGCCAAAAAGGGCGUGCCAGGGCAGGGGAGAGCGUGCUGGUGCAUGGUGCCAGUGGAGGAGUGGGAAUAGCAGCCUGUCAGAUUGCCAGAGCCUGUGGUUUAAAGGUUUUGGGUACAGCAGGAACUGAAGAAGGCAUGAACACAGUUCUGAGAAACGGUGCCCACCAAGCAUUUAACCACAGGGAAGCUAAUUACCUCAGUAAAAUCAAGGAAUACACAGGGGUGGAAGGAGUUAAUAUAAUAAUAGAAAUGCUCUCUAACAUCAACCUGGCUACUGACUUGCAGCUGCUGUCCUGUGGAGGAAGGGUGAUGGUUGUGGGCUGCAGAGGUCCUAUUGAGAUCAAUCCGAGGGACACCAUGAGCAAAGAGAGCAGCAUCAUUGGAGUUAGUCUGUUUCUUGCAACUGAGGAGGAGAGGCGUGAGUGUGCAACAGCAGUCUUUGAUGGCAUAGAGGCUGGCUGGCUGAAACCAGUUGUGGGCUCUGAAUAUCCCCUGGAGAAGGUGGUGAAGGCUCAUGAAGACAUCAUUCACUGCAGUGGUGCUCGAGGAAAGAUGGUGCUGGUUCCAUGAAGUCCUUUCCCAUCUGUUUUCUAGCUGCUCUGGCUGCACCUUUGCUUGCACGAGUCGUUGAAUGUGUCUCACCAAGCACACUUUGAUCAGGUUUGACAGUGACAGCAAAGGCCACCUUAGGUUAAUUAA